UUUGUGGGACAAACUAAAAAGGAAAGUGUGACAUCUACCUUGGGAUUGUGGGAGUAUUUUUUUUUAAGAAUUACAUUAAAGAAAAGUAGCUCUAACAUUCAUUGAAGUAUUGUCUAAAUUCGUUGGAUAGUAGAGCAAAUUCCUUAGUAAUGAGUUAGUAUAAGUGUAGUUCAAAAAUACCUACAAAUCUUUUUAGAAUGUGUAGUACUAAUAAUGGAAGGCAAAAUUUAGUGGUUGUCAUGUGGAAGUGGACCUACCUUUGAGUAGAUUAUUGGAGGCCACAAUAAUGUCUUUUUGAAGUUCAUCAUUACUUUUAUAAAAUUUCUCUGUAUCUAUCUAUCUUGUGCUCAUUUUUCCAGCUUGGUUUAUCUUGAUCUGCAAAAAUCUUUUCACAUAAACUUCUUGAUCUUGAUCACUCGUUUUUACAUCUUGGUUUAGUUUGAGUUGCAAAAUCUUCUCAACUUCUUAACUGUGAUCAGCAAAGAUGGCUUAUGCUGCUGUUCUUUCUCUUGCCCAAACUGCAGGAAAAAUGAUCUUGGAUCAAGAUAGAUACCCCAUUUCUCGUAAUAAGAAACAGCAAAUCCGAUCUAUCUAUGAACCAUUUAUAUUCUUGCAAGAGUUUCUUGAAGAUUUUCCAGAGAAGGCCAACAUUUUGGAUGGGCGAAUUCGAGAUUUAGCAUAUGAAGCAGAAGGUGUUCUUGAGUCUUUCAUGCUGGGGGAAGCUAAAUCACAUUGGUGGACGGUUUUAGCUUCCAAAUUCAAGUUUAAACACCAAAUGGGAAAGAUCAGAGCAGAAGCAGAUUCAAUCACAAGGGAAGUGAUGGCCAUUAAGAAUAAUAGCUCAGAUGCAGUGCAACUUGGUGAUUCUUCUGUAGCAGGUUCUUCGCCUUCUAGACUUGCUCCAGUUACCAAGAUUGACUAUGUGGUUGGUUUACAUGAAGAUUUGUUGGAAAUAAAGUCACGACUCUGUGGAGAAUCACCCAAUUUACAAGUUAUUACAAUCGUUGGAAUGGGAGGCAUUGGUAAAACCACUCUCGCAAAGUGUGCUUAUGAUGAUCCACUUACGGUGCAGCAGUUCGACAUUCGUGCUUGGGUGACAGUAUCACAGGACUACAAUGCAGAGGUGAUAUUUUCAAGCCUCCUAGCUUCCAUGGAAGAAUUCAACACAGAAAGCUCUGAGCGGAGUAGUGAAAACGUGUUUAAAACCUUGAAAGGCAGGAGGUAUCUCAUUGUAAUGGAUGAUAUUUGGAGUACGGAGGCUUGGGAUGCUGUAAGAUAUAUACUCCCCGAUGAUGGUAAUGGAAGCAGAGUCAUGUUAACGACGAGAGAAACUAGUGUGGCUGCUUAUGCUGAUCAUUUGAGCCCUCUUCACGAGAUGCGUUUGAUGGAAGAGGGUCAAAGUUGGAAUCUACUUCGACAGAUGGUGUUUGCACAUCAAGAUUGUCCUCCCGAAUUGGAGAAUAUUGGAAAAGAGGUUGCGAGGUGCUGCAAAGGGCUGCCCCUCACAAUCGUGGUUGUUGCUGGGAUACUAUCCACAAUGGACAACAAUCUAGCUUCAUGGAGAAAAAUUGCACAAGAUGUAAAUUCAGUUACUGUAGGAGGACAAUGUGAAAAGAUAUUGUCUUUGAGUUACACCCAUUUGCCUCAUUAUUUGAGGUCAUGCUUCUUGUACAUGGGAGGCUUUCCAGAAGAUUAUGAGGUCCCUGUCUCAAAACUUAUCAGAUUAUGGGUAGCUGAGGGAUUUUUGAGACGCCCGAAGGGAUCUAAAACCUUGGAAGAAGAGGCAGGGGAGUGCUUGGAGGAUCUUGUCAAGAGAAAUCUUGUUUUAGUCACCAAGAAAAAGAGUGAUGGAAGGAUCAAAAGCUGCAGCCUCCAUGAUCUGAUGCGAGAUUUGUGCAUUAAAAAAGCACAUGAAGAGAAGUUUCUUAUGAAUCUCAGUAGCCGGAAUGUGACAAACUUCAUUUCAGUUGAGGGGAAAAACAAUCAGCGACGUGUAAGUGUAACUCCUUCGAGUUUACCACACUUUUCAAAAAUUUACUGCUUAAGUACCAUGCAUACGAUUUUGUGCUUUCAUCGCAUUUCAGUAGCAAACACGUUGGAAAGAUUUAGAUUAUUGAGGGUGUUGGAUGCAAGAGAUGUUUAUGUUUCAUCAUUACCAGAUGAACUAUUCGACCUGUUUCAUCUGGUAUACCUUGCUAUCUACUAUCUUGGAGGGCUUGCUUCAGCAAUUUCAAAGCUUCGUAGUCUUCAAACUUUACACCUUCGUGCAAAGAAUGAAUGGAAGCUUUUUAGAUCCCAUUGUGUCUGUUUGCCACCAGAAAUUUGGAUGAUGCCACAGUUAAGACAUCUUGUCUUCUAUGGAAGGUUACCUGAUCCGGAAGGAAGAACAACCCCUGGUCUAGAUAACCUCCAAACACUUUCUAUAGUGUCACAUGCCAUGUGUAGUGAAAGGGUUUUGAGAAUGAUCCGAAACCUUAAGAAGUUAGAGAUCGAUUGCUCUGAUAGUGAAGUUUGUCUGAACAAUUUGGUACAUCUGCAUCAACUUGAAGAUUUGAAGUUACGUUCAUCUUCUAGUAAUGCAUUUUACCAAAAGGAUAUGUUCGCCUUUCCUAGAAUGCUGAAAAGGCUGACCUUAAGCCGUGUGCCUCUUCCUUGGGAAGAGAUGACUAUUGUUGGUUCGUUGUCAAAUCUCCGUGUGCUCAAACUAACAUAUCAGGCAUGCAAAGGCAAUAAAUGGGAAACAACUGAAGGAGAAUUCCCUCAUUUGGAAUUUCUGCUGAUAGAAAAGUCAGAUCUCUGUCUUUGGAUAACUGAAAGUAGCCACUUCCCAUUGCUGAAGCGCCUGGUGCUCGAUGACUGUUGGCAGCUUGCUGAGAUACCUGAAGAUAUCGGUGAAAUUCCAACCCUUGAGCUGAUUGAGGUGAAGGGAAAAGCAGUAAUGUCACUUGUGGAGUCGGUCAAGCGGAUUCAAGAGGAACAACAGGGAUGGGGAAAUGAUGCCCUUCAAAUUCGUUGCAUGACUCAUCGGUGAAUCUGCUGGUGAUCAGCUAACUCUGCGUAGCUGUAGCAUUGGAGUUUUUUGUUAGUGUUGGUUAUGAAGAACAUAUGAAGCUGAUAAUUCUUGCUCAAAGAAGUGAGGGUGUAAUAUUUGGAAGAAGUGUGUUGAGUCGAGGCUAUUUCUGGGCUGGGACGAAGCUAAGAUUUGUAGAAUCAAGUGUUGAGUUAUAACUUAUGAGGAAUCUUUUUUGUUUUACUCUAACUUUGGCUGACUUAAAACAAGAGACUGCAUCCAUGGGGAAGAGCGGAAUCCAUUUGGUGAUAUAACCGUAAGACUGCGGAGGCGAUGAAAUUCGAUUUGUAAACCUUCUGUGCUGGAAAGUUUUCGGGAUCAAAUUCAAGAACCAGAUGAGGGUUCUGGACUGCAGGAGAUCUCAGGCUCUCUCUCUCUCUCAUUCAUUUUUUCCAUGUGAUGCUUUCAGUCUGAGAUGCUAACUGGCUAAUUAGGUUGUUGUUGCAUGCAAGUGUGCAACUAAGUAGAUUGUUUUAACUAAUGUCAUGGAUCAUAUUUAUAUAUAUACAUUUACAUAUCUUAUAAUAUCAAGUUUUUGAGGCAA